AUGCCCACAAGAUACUAUGGUCGUCGUCGUUUUUUAAAAAUAUUACUGAUUUCAGUUAUUUUAUCGCUGAUUUUCGUUGUAAUUUUUCUUCGUCGUCAAGAUAUCUUCUUAUUCAGUCAAUUUUUAUAUGGACUUCACUUUAGUUAUUUAAAUAAUUCAAAGGAAGUGUCUAAUCAUAUUAUACUACAACCAGCUCCAACAACAGUGCUACAAAUUUCUUUAUCUUCACUCAAACCAUUACAGAAAACACAAAAAGGUGUUUUAUCUUCAAUUGAAUUUAUUAAUCCAGUUUUCUUAAAUUUAGAAUCUGAAUCAUCGAAUAUCAUACCGAUUAUAGUGUUAUCUAAUGCAUCUAACAUUGAAGCACGUGAUGCGAUACGACGAACCUGGGGAUAUGACCAAUUAUAUCAAAACAAUAAAAUACAAAUUAGAGUAUUUUUUCUUGUUGGUAUCGAGGAUUUUAUGAUGAAACGUAUACAUGCAGAGCAAUUACUUUUUGAUGAUGUUAUUCAAGUUCAUAUACCUGAUAUGUAUUCAUUUAUUGCUUACAGGGAACUUUCUGCAAUGCUAUGGGUAAGAUCAUAUUUACCACGUGCAUCAUUCUAUAUUAAAACUGAAGAUAAUGUUAUUAUUAAUAUGAAAUUUAUUAUCAAUAAAUUCUUGCCAACUAUCGAACGUACUACGAAUAAAAAUAUAGUCAUUGGUUGGUUUGGUUCAGAACAUUCUAUUCCAAGGGGUCGCUAUCAAAAAUUUAUCAAUAUUGUUUUGCCACCAUCAGAUUUUAAUUUACAGUAUGCUAUGAGUUUAUUAUAUAUUGUAACAUCAAGAGCUUCUGAUCGUAUGCUUGAUGCAAUAAGUCAUGUUAAUCGUAUCGAACAUCCAGGUGAUCCAUUUGUAACAGGUAUUCUUCGAGAUGUUGCUCAUGUUCAAAUAAAAAAUUUAGCAACAUCUCCCGAAAAUUAUAGCUAUAAAUUAUCUAAUGAAACGUGUGGAAAAGCACUUGAAACAAAUUCAAAAUUAUUAUUUUGUACUUCACCACUACUUAUUAAAUCAGUAGACGAAUAUUUUAAAGCAUGGCAUAUACUUCUUAGUCAAAAUUAA